UUUACUUCUUUCCAGAGCAGAGAAAAACUGGGAGCUGCUGUACUCUCUUCUCCCUCUGGCCACCAGCCACCUGCAUUACUCAGAACAGUUACACCUUGCAAGGCACGAGCUCUUGUGAUGGCUGAACUUUUUAGGGUGGCUCUGACAGACCUGUGAGGAACCCCAAGCAUUCCUGCUUUCUUUUUAGGGGUUGUUGGUUAUUUCUAAGCCUGAGAGCACUUGCUGUCUGGGGAACAAAUCUGCAUAGCCUUGCCAGUAAUGUGAGCAUCACGGAUGGAAGUAAUGGUUCACAGGUGGGAUUAAUGAUUGACUAGGCGGGAUGAAGUGCAAGGAAGUGCUUGCUGAUUGGGACACUUCUGGAAAAGGCGCGAAACCUGUGUGCCAGCCUCCAUCCAAGGGAGGUGGCAGAAGUGCCAUGUUUUCAGGUACACGCUUAGCCACACAAUGCUGCUGCAGGACUGCUGGGCUGGGCUCUACCUGCUGCUGCUCUGCCAAAGCUGCUGGCUGGAGGCUGCCAGGGGUUUGGAGGAAGCAGUGAAGUGUGAAAGCAUUACUGAAGCACCCCUUGGUCAAGAGGCAAAUUUCUCUUGUGACUUCUUGCUCCAUAUGGAUGUCUUGCAAGUAACUUGGCAAAAGAUAAAUGGAUCUUCCAUCAGGAACAUAGCCACUUACAGCCGAACCUAUGGACUGCGACUGCAAGAAUCAUUUCAGAGGAAGGCACGUCUCACUGUAGCAGCCCUGAACACCUCAGCCAUCACUCUGCAAAAUCUCACUUCUGAGGAUACAUCCUGUUACAGAUGCAUCUUCAAUGUGUUCCCUUAUGGCUCUUUCAGCAGCCCAGAUCUAUGCCUCAAAAUCCAGAACAGUGGAAACGCGAACAACCCAGAAGUCAAAAUGCUGGUUAUGGGUUCCCCAAGUAUGAGAGGUAUUCAGAAGAUAAUAGGUUUUGUGGUGGUCUUCAUAGGUGCUCUCUUAGCAACCUUGAUACUUCUCAUCAUGGGGCUAAUCAAAAGAAGGAAGAGAAGACUGCAGAAACACAGAGCGCAUCGCACACCUGAAAAGGAGGAAGGCUUACAGGAGGAUGUAAGUGAGCAAUCUGUAAGCCUGGAAACACCGAAGGUUCAAGGCAGUGCUUAUCAAAAUGAGAGGCAGACACCAGGAUCUAUACUUCGCAAAAGGCAGCCAACUCCGAUGAGAUAUCUGGAAGAGAAGAAAGAAAGAGAAACCUGGAGGAGAAACAAGAGGCUCGUGUUUUCAGAGGAAGCUGGUAGCCAAGACAGUACCAGCCACAACAUACCCCAGGGGGAGCUCACUGCGUUGAGCAAUGAUGAGCUGCUCUGCACGCUCCUGAAGAACAACAGUGACACAGAGGAAUGUGAGGAGUCUGAAUUAUGCCCUGCCCUGGCUACUCCUUGGCCCAGUACAGGAGAGAAAUCAGCCCACCAAAGCCCUGUUGCUAGAAGUCCAGAGGAGCACUGAGGACAUCACAUGGGUGGGGAAUUCAAGCUAAGGGCUCAGAGGAAGACCCAGCAUAUAGAGGCCCACCUGGUGCUGUCUUAGCAGUCCUUCAGUCCCAGAAUUCAAGUGUAUACUGUCAAGAUAAACCACUACUGGAUCAUCUUUUAAAUGUUAUAAAAUGUUGUUUUAUGAGGGUAUGGGAAGUGGGAUGGCAUGCAGUGGGAGACAGUGUAUGUUUUCUUAUUAAAUGACUUUCUAUUUCUUAGUA